AUGCUGGCCAAGAUCCUACAAGCCCUGGGACUCGGAAUUCUGGCUGGAUCCGGUUUCACGCAUGUGCUGGCACAGGCUUCAACCACAACCGAAAGCACAAUCACCCCAGUUCCCGCGGCUGCUUCGGUAACUUUGACGGGCAGCGUCACUCAUACUGUCCAAGUCGGACCCAAGGCUAGUCCACACGCGUAUGUGCCACAGAGUCUGACGGCGCAACCGGGUGAUGUGGUGGUGUUUGAAUUCUAUCCCACCAACCACUCCGUUGUCAAGGCAGACUUUGGAGCACCGUGUGUCCCGGCGACUGAUGGCGUCUUUUUCUCUGGGAUAUUCGACAGCUUUAGCCUGAGAGACGGUCAAAUCGUUGGGCCGCCGCCGACUUGGUCUUUGGUAAUCAAUGACACUCAGCCACUGUUUUACUACUGUACCGCCAUCAGCUCAUGCUUGGGAAAUGGGAUGGUGGGCGUGAUCAACCCAAACUCAACACAGACUUUUGAAGCCCAGUACGACAAAGCACUCAAAUAUCCAUACAUGCUGGUUCCAGGACAAUCAAUGCCCGCCGAAGGAAGUGGUUCGCUAUCCACCAGUUCAACGCAGAAUCCAUCAAGCGACACAGCCACUUCAGCCGCAAACAAAGGGCUUAGUGGCGGCGCUAUUGCUGGAAUUGUAGUUGCAGCGGUCGUUUUUGUUGCUAUACUGGUGAUACUUUUCUUUGUUCUGGGCCGCAACCGCGUCUACUCGCAGUGGAUGUCAUCGCCAGAUGGACGAACAGAGCGUACCGCGCGAUGGGCAAUGGGCAGCAACUAUGGAGGUCAGAAGAGUGAAGCGGAGAGUGUGAGUACAAAAGCACCUGGUACAGAGGUAAACUCGGUCGUGUGUGGUGAUCAUCCCAUGCGUCACUUUUCUCCUGGGCCUGAGAGCAAGGUGACGGCAGGCCAUGCGACUACCUGGCAUCACUAUUACCCUCCCUCCUAUUCUUCGGAGGGACAGCCGGCUUCAUUCGGUGCCCGUGGCCCUUCGGAGUUGGAGGGAGCUGGAGUCGCUCAUCAACUUCCUGAGAGGAGGUUCCGGUAG